AUGAACUCGUUACGUUUCAUUUUGUUUUCAAAGACAUAUCACUUACUGAAAAGCGUCACUAUAUUUACUAAACAGUUUUUAACCCUGCUUUAUCUCCACCUUUUUUUUCUCCUACAGGAUUCUAUUUGUAUCUUAUGCCAUGUGACGUGGAUACAUUCCAUCGAUGAUUUAUUUGAGCUCUUAUGCCGCGCUCCUUGCGCUACCAGAUUCCCUGAGGAAGAAGAGGUCAACGAUACCUAUGGCACUUACCUUUUGUACCUAGUAAUACUCCUAGGUCCGAUGCUAUUCGCAUACGUUGUACAAAAGUAUUAUAACGUUAACCUCAACUAA